UCGUCUGUUAUAAAAUUAUAAACGUUUUUGUAGUACAACAUUUUUCAGGUGCAUUUUUUUUUUUUACAGUGCAGCUUCAUAAAGGGUUAAUGUUACCCUAAUAAUGUAACAUUUAGCAUAGCAAACAAUGCAUCUUUAAUAUCAAUGAGAUUAUGGAGGAGAAGAAUGGACAAGGAGUGCUUAAUAUGCCCAUGAGAACAUCCCGUCCCAACAUCCCUUGUCUGUUGUCUCUCUUCACCCCACCCAAGUACCAAAGACUGACAGGAGCGAUGGCCAUUCACAAGUCUCCAGUACAGUAACGAGGGAAAGAUGCUUUUGGAAACAAUCAGCCCCCCGCCAGCUCCGAGCGAGCAUUCGUUACUGAUGGGAGCAGUGAACGCUGCAGUAACCCACAGCAGAAACGAUGCGGUAGAUAUUUGCCACAGUCGCUCCAAGAUCUACGAGGCUUGACGCGUCAGAUCCACAGAUGUGGGUGUUGUGGUCGGUGUGUGGAUGUGUCUGAUUGAACCAUUAGGUUUGAGUAACUUUUGACAAUGCACGUCUGUUUACGUUGAGCUGAGGAAUGGACGCACUUAGGAAGUGAAUGUCAAUGGAGAACGUUCACGGUCCUCGUUGGCGUCGAGGCAUGGAUGCAUUCCUGCUCUACCUUCUUCUGCUAAUGGGAAUUUCGAAGGGAUCAAACUAUGGCUACGUGGAAUGGUCCGAAAACGACAAAGAUCCUGAAAUCAAGGCUAAAUAUCCGCUUUACAGCACCAUGGAGACGAUGCACCAGGAGCCGACCAUCUCCAGCACCGAGCGGACGGCGGUGGCGCAUAAGCUCGAGGAGGAUCUGCCGCGGGUGGUCACCGCUUUCCUGCACACGGGGGACUCGUCCACCCUGGAGCAUGUCAACUGCUCUCGGAGGUACGAGCUGAGCAGCCUCCGCGGUGGAGCUCACGCCGCUUCGCACUCCUCCCUCCACGCCGUCCUCGACACCAUGGCGCACGCCACCAACUUCCUAAACAUGCUCCUGCAGUCCAACAGCUCCAGGGAGCAGCACCUGAGGAGGGAUGUCCAGUGGUACCACGCGCUGGUGACGAGCAUGUUGGAAGGGAAUCCUAAAAUCCACCGGGCGGUGCUCACAUUUCACACGGAGUCUCCCGAGGCGCCCGGUCCGCAGGUGUUCCUUCAGGCGACCAGAGGCGAGGAGCGCAUAGUGCUUCAAGAUCUGUCCAACACCGCGCGCCAUCGCCUUAAAAACAGGACGCAUGAGUCCGACUGGUACAACGAGUUCCGGGACCGCAAGAGACCCCAGAGGCUGGCCAAAAGUCGAGGGUUUCCAGCAGCGCAGGGCGGAUAUUUUCUGGACAGAAGUCGUGUCAAGUGGUCUGCGCCCUAUCUAGAGUGCGAGCGCGGCAGUUUUGUGCCGCACUGGCUGCUGACGCUCUCCGCCGGUUUCUAUGGUUUGAAGAAUACCACGGCGCCGGAGUUCAGAGGAGUUGUGCGUGUGGAUGUUAAUCUGCAGGAUGUGGACAUUGACCAGUGCUCCAGCAGCGGCUGGUUUGCAGGAACUCACCGCUGUAACUUGACAACUAUGGAGUGUAAACCGAUCACAGGCCAUGGAUUUGUGCUGGACAAGUACAAGUGCCAAUGCAAGAGUGGUUUCUAUCACCAAAGCCAAGUGGCACUCAAUGGCUUCUCAAAAUCAGACCGGGAAACGUACACGGAUCAAUCCUGGGAACCAUCUGGGAGGUGUUUGCCCUGCCGAGAAGGCUGUCCGUUCUGCACAGCCGACACACCGUGUGUGGCUCAGGAGGACACGGCCCUCCGCCUCGCCAUGGUCUCCUUUCAGGGCUUCUGCAUGCUCCUGGAUCUCAUCAGCAUGGUGGUCGUCUACCACUUCCGUCGCAACAAAAGAAUCAAAGCAUCUGGUCUUAUACUUCUUGAAGCGAUACUUUCAGGAUCUGUACUUCUCUACUUCCCUGUUAUGAUACAGUAUUUUAAUCCAAGUGUUUUCCGGUGUAUUCUCCUGAGAUGGGUCCGUUUGCUUGGAUUUGCUAUCGUCUACGGAACAGUGAUUCUCAAACUGUACAGGGUUUUAAAGGUGUUCCUGUCCCGCACCGCCCAGCGGAUCCCGUACAUGACCAGCUGGAGGGUUCUGCGUCUGCUUGCUGUAAUUUUGCUGGUGGUCGUGUGGUUCCUCGUGGCCUGGACCUCAGCCAUAUGCCAGAGCCCUGACAUCCAUCACGCCCUCAUUGACAUCGGUUUCACCCCAGAGGACCUGCAGUUCAGGGUGUGCCUGCUGGACAGCUGGGACUACAUGAUGGCUGCUGCGGAGUUCCUGUUCCUGCUGUGGGGCGUCUAUUUGUGCUAUGCAGUGAGGACCGUUCCCUCCGCUUUCCACGAGCCUCGCUACUUGGCCAUCGCCAUUUAUAAUGAACUCCUCAUCUCUGCAAUAUUUCACAUCAUUAGGUUCUCUCUCGGCAGUGGGCUGCAUCCAGAUUGGAUGCUAAUGUUAUUUUUUGUUCACACACACCUGACAGUGACGGUUACUCUGGGAUUGCUUCUCAUUCCAAAGUUCUUGUUCACUGGAACUCACACACGGGAAGAUAUAACCACAGAGGCUUAUGAAGAUGAGUUGGAUAUGGGUCACUCAGGCUCCUGCCUGAACAGCAGCAUAACAUCUGCCUGGAGCGAACACAGUCUGGAUCCCGAGGACAUAAGGGAGGAGCUCAAGAAACUCUACGCCCAACUGGAGAUCUAUAAAAGAAAGAAGAUGCUGGCCAAUAACCCUCAUUUACAGAAAAAACGCAGUUCCAAGAGAGGACUUGGACGGACACUAAUGCGCCGCAUCACAGAAAUACCUGAGACAGUGACUCGGCAAUAUAGCCGGGAAGAUCGAGAUGCAAGUGACCAUGGGAGUAACAGAGGCACUCUGAGGAGAAACCCAUUUGACCCGUCUCACUCUGGGAAGUCAAGGGAAGAAUCGUUAAAGAGCAAGAUGUUCUCAUUGAAGAGAUCUCACAGCUAUGACCAUACGCAUGAUCAAGGUGGGGAAACCAAUGGAGUGCAUGAAGAUAAAAUGGAGAACUCUACUACUGAGACUUCUCUGCUUGACACCUUGAUGGGCCGGAGGUCCAACAAGAAGAACCCUGAGGUGCCAAAGGUCGAGUUAGCCGAAUCUACCGAGUCAGUGCCCUUAGUGUGCAAGUCAGCCAGUGCACAUAACCUAGCAGCAGAAAAAAAGCCUGUACAUCUUCGGACCUCUAUGUUACAGAAGUCACUGUCUGUCAUUGCUAGUGCCAGAGAAAGGACACUGGGCAUUGCUGGGAAGACCCACAGUGUGGAAGAUGCCAGUAAAAAGGGUCUCAAAGUAAGGGACAGCACAGCGCUUUCGGAAGUCAACGAAUCUCCUGAGUGUUUACCAAAAAUGAUCAUCAGCCAGUCGGUUGAGUACACCAAAACGCCUAGUAAGAUGGGCAUCAUGAAGCAGCAAGUGAGUGGCAGUCAGCCCUCCAUUUGUUCAGAACCAGGGAAGAGCAAGGACCUGUACGACCUCUCUGAGGUGUGCCCUUGGGAAAUGGAGGAGUUACCCACUCCAACGGAGGGCAAGUCCCAGAAGCAUGUUUCCAUUGCACCCACCGAAACCAAUACAAUCCAUGAGAGCAGUGCAAAAAGUGGACACAAGUCUCAACACAAACAAAAAGGAUUGGGCCAAUCGCCGUCAAACCGGCGCCGCUCCAGAGAUAAGACUGGGGACAGGGAUGAAGGGAGGAAACCCAAAUCACCUCUCAACCUCAAUGCCCACAAAGACGCAAGUCCAUGGAACUUCGAGGAUCUACCGGUGCAACAAAUGGAGCCUGUAGGACUAUCCCCCAAGAGAACAAGCCACAAGAAAAGUGUCACUCCCACAGAUGGAAAGCCCAAGAUCAUCCUCUCAGACAUCUCCAAGUCCACAGGAAGCCUUUUGCAACCUCCAUCUCUCAUGGUGGAUAUCUGCCCUUGGGAUUACGAUCCCCCUCUUUCCCCCAACCAGGACAAGACUUGCAGCCCCACACAUCAUUCAAAGAGAAGAGAUUCUUGCUCAAAAAGAAAAGGAUCCUGUUCUUCCAAAGACAAAGCUAAGGAUAAAGAAGAUGACAAACGAAUUUCCAAGAGUAAGGAGCGGAGAAGCUCCUCAAGCAAACCCUCUGAGAAGCGUCGCACAAGUCAAUCAUCGGAGGGAGACCAAGUUCCCACAAUGGCAUCUGGAAGGAGGAGGAGCUCUACUAGAGACUCUGCCAUCAGUAAGCGUGCUGACGUUUGCCCCUGGGAGACAGAGGUAUUGCCAAAUGUUACCUCAAAUGAUAAACAGCCUGCAACGACUGAGAACCACACAACUCCAACACCCUCCACUUACCUCAACAUGGCUGACGUUUGUCCAUGGGACUUUGAUGAGAAGCUGUCAGGGAAAAGUGCAUGACACAGCAAUCACAAAAUUAGACCACUCCAGUAGGGUUUAUAAGAUGAAAGUUAAGGCCCAUUCACACCAAGAAAGCUUACUGUAAUGUUAACUGGCUUCCACACCAACAAUAAUGUGCGCUGCAGUUAUAUCGUCUGCCACUUUAAACGCUCCUUGAAGUUGGGUGGAUUCUUUUUGGCGGUCAAUGUUUUUUCUCAUUCAUCAGCUGAUAAAAUAUAAUUCUAAAAUACUAUUUUCAUAUAUUUAAAAUGAUAAUAAAAACUUUAUAUUUAUAGUUGUCAUCCUUGGUUUGAAUGGGCCUUUAGCCUUAUUUUCACACUUACUUGCUUUAAGGUUUCAAUAAGUUUCCAUAUAUACAAAAUAAAACACUUUUUCAGAAGUUUUCAAUUCUUGUCAAUGUAAAAUGUAAAAGUUUCAUCCACAAAAAUUGCCUUCCAGUUGAAAUAAAAUGGAUAUGGCUCCCAACUAAAAUAAAAACAUAGUGCCUUGCAAAAGUAUUUAAACCCCACUCAUUUUCAGUUUCAAGCUUUAUAUUUUAUGUAUUUAUUUAAAUAUUUUUAUGUGACUUUUCUUUCAUCACAUUUUAAUAUUUCCUUAAAAAAAUCUGAAGGGCAAAAACAUAACACAGUGGAUGUCCCAGUGGCACUUCUGUUUCAGUUAUCAGGAAGUGUUCAAACAAUGCAGUGUUCAACCCCUGAAUAAUACCAUCAAUCUCCUUGAAGAAUUAGUUUAUUAUUGUUUUCUCACAACCCUUUAUGAAAAUGAAUACUGCUGUUUUUCAAAUCAGAAAAUAAGAGAAUUUGUUUUGGGUGUUUGAAGACUUUCACAAGGCACAGUUAGAGAAGGUGGGGUAAGAUGAGACAUCCUGUAUCUAGAAAACUGCACAGUUUUUAUACAAUUAAUUUUUAAGCUGUAAUAUUUGGCUAUUUGUGAUGGAAUAAACCACACAAUCCUAACUCUAACUCCAGUAAGUAAUUCUCUGGGCAGGCUUAUUAUUAAUAAUUUUGAAGGUCAGUAUAUAUAUCUGUAUAUUAUGGCUGCACAAAGUUAAAAAUGAAAGAUUUCCACUGUUAUUGCCCAGGAAAACAGUAAUUCAAUUUGAAUUAUAGGUAUUAAUUUUUUUUUUUUAAACUAACAGAAAACAAUCAUUUGUGUAACAUUUAAAAUAUAGCUGUUAAAAUAUUUCUAUGUGAAAACUACCUCCAGUCUCUGCUGUAUUUUAUACAUGUUGGUGACUUGAUAGAUGUAAAUGUAUAUCUAUGAUUAGGCUAAAUAAUACAACUAAAAAAUAGCAUAUAGCCCUUCUUUUUUUCUUUUUUUCAAAAAAUGGUGGUGGGGAAAAUUACUUAAGGGCAUUAUUUCAUUGGCGCUAUGCUGUAAAUGGUUUCUUAUAAUAGCAGUUAAUAGGAGGCUCAUCAUACCCUAUUCUUGUCUACAUUUUUAAAUUAAUUGUAAACUGCAAAAAAUAUAUAAAAACAUUUCUUUAAAACUUUUAUUAACAACAUUCACUUCAUGACCACUUGAAAUGCAAGUGAUGAAUAAUUAAGGUCAGUCUUUUAAAAAUAUAUUUCUCAAAAAACUUCAGUUUACCAAAUAUAUUUAGGGACAUUUUUUUUAUAUUCAUGGGUACUAUUUUAGACAUGGUCUACAAUGUUUUCAACAUUAAUUUAUUUCAUCAAAGAGAACCAACGAAUGGUAAACUGUACACCAGCAGGUUGCAAUGUAAAUCAGUUGUUUCAUAAUUCUGUGUAAAACAUUUGUAUCAGUAAAUUGCAUGAAUGCGAGUAAACCAAGAUACAUUUUUAAUCUAUGUUGAAUAUUGACAAAGAACUAAAGUUCAAAGCAUUUGUUUGAUCAUUGCAUGUGCACACUUAUCUGUUGCAUUGUUGCUGGUACAGUAUUGUUAUUUAUUAUUAUUUUUAUUUAUUUUUUUCGUUUUACAGAACCCCUUCUGUUCUGUUGUGAUUUGUAUCAGUAUCAACUACUGGCUUAAAGCAUAAUCAGUGAUGUCACCCUAUUGAUGAUUGUUGCAUCAAUGUAUACAAAUUCACAUUGGCUCUUGCAUGACAGUGAGUAGGUCUGUCUUUUAACUGCACAUGAAAUUCCAAAUCAGCAGGAGUGUUGUGUGUCUAUUGAAUAUCUAUAGUUACAUUCCCAACUUCAGUAUUAUGCAGUUGUUAUGCUCAAUAGCAAUCCAAAUGGGAACAUUUCUACUGUAAAUAGAUAUUGUCUGCUUCUUUGUGAUAGCAUGUACAUACAAUACUUCCUUAAAUAAACAUAUUGUGUUCU